AGUGUACUACGUACUACUCUACUACUGUUUAUUUUUAUUUUCUGACUGAGUUGAUUUGAGAGUUAUUUAAUAUUUUCCAUAAUAUUUACACUAAAUACGAUACUUUCUGAUUAAAUUAAACAGAAGCAGAAGCCAGAAGCUAUAAUUUUGGUUUAUUACUUAAAUACAAUACUUAUAUAAUAUUAUGUAAAGUCAAUGUUUUGUACAUGCAAUUUUAAUUUGCAACAAUGAUAAGAAAUUAACUGAUAAGCGUUUGAACUUCGGCCUUACCGAAUGUAAUAAAAUAAGGAAAUAAAUAGUAAUUUAGAACUAGCCAACCUCGAGACAGGAGUAGACGUUAAAAAUUAAAAUGGCUAAUGUUUUACUUUUACAAUCGCCUCCUCCAAAAUUAGAGGAAGUUCAAAAGAAAAUUUUUGAUAAAGGCACUAAAGAAUUUUUAACGAAACUACAUCGACAAUUUGAUAAUAAAAUAGAUGAGCUGCAUAAAUCGAGAUUACGACGUUCAGUUGAAUUGCAAGCAUCAAAUACGUUGGAUUUUAAAAGUUCUUUAGAACGGAAUGAUAAAUUAUGGAAAAUUUCGCCGUUGCCAUCCCGGUUGCAGAAUCGUCAUUUAGAUCUCGGAGAUGUCUCUGCAUCAAAUACAGCUCAUUUUGUGAGUGCUUUGGAAAGUGAUGUGCAAGGAAUACAGGUAGACUUUGACGAUGGCCAUUCUCCAACUUGGAAGAACCAGUUGGUAGCAUUUCAAAAUAUAUAUUUGGCUGUGAACGGUAAACUGGUUGGGGCACCAAUCAGUAUAACCACAUGCCCUAUUCUUAUGUUACGGCCAAGAGCAUGGAAUAUGAUUGAUCAUGAUAUUUUGAUAGAUGGCAAGGAAGCCAGUGGAGCGCUCGUUGAUUUUGGCAUUUUAAUGUAUCACAAUGGAAAAAAGCUGUAUGAAGCUAACAGUGGGCCCUUCUUCUACCUUUCCAAACUAGAGGGUGCUUCAGAAGCGAAGCUUUGGAAUGAUAUAUUUGUCUGGACUCAAGAUGAAUUGGGCAUCCCACAAGGAACUAUUAAAGCUUGUGUGUUGAUCGAAAAUAUUAUAUCUACUUUUGAAAUGGAUGAAAUAUUAUUUGCAUUAAGAAAGCACUCUUUAGGCCUGAAUUGUGGUAUCUGGGACUAUUGUGGCUCUAUUAUCAAUAAAUUUGGUAACACAAAAGAAUUUUUAUUGCCAGACAGGAAUAAAUAUGUGAAUAUAGAGAAGAGAUUUCUUAAAAGUUACAUGCAGUUGGUUGUAAAUUCAUGUCAUCUACGUAAUGCGCCUGCCACGGGUGGUAUGGCGGCGGCCAUGUUGAAACCUGGCUCACAGGGGACGGACAAUGCUUCAAAAGUGGUUAUCAAUAAGGUGUUAGAGUCAAAAUUGAAAGAAAUAGAAAUGGGAAUGGAUGGAUUCAUGGUGUAUGAUACAAGACUGGUUCCACAUGUUAAUGCCCUCUGGAAGAAAAGUAGUACAACGCCAAACCAAAUAAACCGUAUUUUCGAUAUUAACGUAACCCCUCUCGAUUUACUAAGUAUCCCUGUAGGGGGCGUCACUCUUCCGGGUGUUAAACAUAAUGUGGCAGUAACUAUACUGUUUAUAUACCACUGGUUGGCCGGGAUCGGUCAUUUCUUCUAUAGCGGAAACGUGGAAGAUUCCGCCACCGCGGAAAUUUCCAGAUGGCAGAUUUGGCAGUGGAUACGUUUUGCUGUUCCUCUAGAAGAUGACACAAAACACAACGUGACAGUAAAAUUAAUUGAAAAAACCGCAUCCAAUUUCUCUACUCAUGCGCACAAAAACCUGUGCCGUUCGAACGCAGAGCGCAAAAGAUUAACCGCGUCGAAAUAUAUGAGUAUGGAAUUAUUUCUAUUCAGGAAUCCCCCAGAAUUUAUAACCAGUUAUCUAAACGAUAAUCACAAAUUUAGAACACUCCAUAACAAAUCGUUAUUGAGUAAUUUGUAAUUCAUAAUUUAUGGAGCAGGUGGAUAUUUUUAAGGUAAGUUAGACUGAUUUUAACUUGUGGAUUUCGGGUUUUGAAAUUCAAUAUUCUUAAGGGACCAAAUAUAUUUUACCAGUGAUAAAUUAUGAUUCGUUAUACACUAUAGUAUUAUAGAUAUUUUAGAUUUCAUUAGGCAUGAUGGCGUUUUGUUAUAUCAAAUUGUUUUGAAAAAUAAAAGCAAGACUUUAAACGGGGCCCCAAAAUUUAACUAGGCCUAAUUAGUGUAUUUAUAAGAAAUAUGAAAAAUAAAAAAAUAAAUGUUCUACUUGACUACAUACUGUUAUAGUAUUAAAUGUAUUUUUGUGGUUGAACAAAAAAUUGUUUAAUAGUAAGUAUUUUUUAAUACCAGUAUCUUUGGUUUUAUGGUAUACCAAUAUUUUUUAUCUAAACCAAAGAGGUUGUAGGGUAUAUUAAAUAUAUAUAUGUAUUAAAUUAUCACAUACAAUAUUAUUGUAUAAUUGUUAUCCUACUUAUGUAACUGAUACCAAUGAAUAUAUUAUUAUACAAUGUUAACGAUAUCAUUAUAAUUUUAAAUAAAUAAAACACA